UUGAAUUCAAGUGUUUUAAUCACUAAUCACUGUGUUUAUAUUAAUUCUCAUUAAGAAAAGGCAGAGGAAGAAGGGAACUCAAAAACCAAAAAAAGGUCCAAAUAAGAACAGAAACCUCUACAAGAAAGGACCAUGAACCUGGUUUAAUUCGACUCCUAAGGUCUUGUUUGGUAGUGCUAUAAACCCAACCAGAGAGGGAACAAUAUUCCAUUGCUCAUUUAUUUCUUCAUACGUGUCUGUUACCGGAAAAUUCAUCCUUUUUUCGCUCAUAACUUCCACGUUUGUCUUCGAUCACUAUCAUCUAACUCAUCCUCCCAACUGGGUUGUUGCUUUUCACCAAAAAAGCUUCCAUUUUUGCUCAGAUCUUCAUCUUCCUACCUUGUUUCUGUAAGAAAAAAAACAGGGUGAAAAUUUAUGGUCAUUGGUCACAGCGUAAUAUAGAGCUUCAGGCUAAGAUAAAGGUGCUGCAAGAUGAUUUAUGAAUUCGGUUUGUGUUAAGAGAUACAAUCAUUGCGUCUUCCCCACGCUGGAAAUUGUGCCUAUUGGAUUUGGCUUAUUUUGCUUGAAAAAAAAAGAAAAAAAGAGCUUAUCAUAAAUUUCCUCAAGAAAGAGAUUUUGAUUGUGGAGCUUUUUCUUAAUAAUAAUAAUAAAAUAAUUCAGAUAUGGGUUUUUAUUAGUUUAAAGCAUAUCUCUUUCUUGUACAAAGGAUACUUGCCAAUUGAUAAAUACUGAAGAACAGCUUGUGUAUAUAGUUUUAUGAACGUACAGUUACAGGAAUUCCAGCGUAAAUGGGGAUCAUUACUCGCAGUUCUACAAGUAGAAAACCAAGUGAAAUCAUGAGACUUAUAGUGACAACUUUUGUUGGAGUAGUUUUUGGCUUUUUUAUAGGAGUGUCAUUUCCAACAUUGUCAAUAACAAAGUUGAAUCUCCCAUCCGGCCUGCUUCCCUCCAUUGAUCUCUCAUACAUUGAAGACAAAUAUACAGCUCGCAGUGCUUGGUCUUUUAUGAAGAACAGUAACAAAAGUUCAUCAAUACACCAAUUAUCAAAUGAUACAUCAAAGAUUUGGGUUCCAUCAAAUCCAAGAGGCGCAGAAAGAUUACCUCCCGGCAUUGUUGAAGCCGAGACAGACUUUUAUUUGCGUAGAUUGUGGGGUAAGCCCAGUGAGGAUUUAACGUCCAAGCCGAAGUACCUUGUAACCUUCACUGUUGGCUAUGAUCAGAAAAAUAAUAUUGAUGCUGCUGUGAAAAAGUUUUCGGGGAACUUCACAAUCCUCCUUUUUCAUUAUGAUGGUCGAACAACUGAAUGGGAUGAGUUUGAAUGGUCCAAGCGGGCUAUUCAUGUGAGUGCUCGCAAACAAACCAAAUGGUGGUAUGCCAAGCGUUUUCUGCAUCCUGACAUUGUGGCACCAUAUGACUAUAUAUUCAUAUGGGAUGAAGACCUGGGUGUUGAGCAUUUUAAUGCAGAAGAGUACAUAAAACUGGUGAGGAAGCAUGGCUUGGAGAUUUCACAACCAGGCUUGGAACCUAAUAAAGGCUUAACAUGGCAAAUGACAAAAAGAAGAGGCGAUCGCGAGGUUCACAAAGUGACAGAGGAGAAACCAGGAUGGUGUUCUGACCCUCAUUUACCACCUUGUGCAGCAUUCGUUGAGAUUAUGGCGCCAGUGUUCUCGCGAGAUGCAUGGCGCUGUGUGUGGCAUAUGAUUCAGAAUGACUUAGUCCAUGGGUGGGGUCUUGAUUUUGCUCUUAGAAAAUGUGUUGAGCCUGCCCAUGAGAAGAUUGGAGUUGUAGAUUCUCAGUGGAUUGUUCACCAAGGUGUUCCCUCACUAGGGAAUCAGGGUGAAUCACAAACAGGGAAAGCACCAUGGCAAGGGGUAAGGGAGAGGUGUAGAAAGGAGUGGACCAUGUUCCAGAGUCGGUUAGCAAAUGCAGAAAACGCGUAUUACAAGUCCAUGACAAUUAAUUUGUCUAAUUCCACUGCUAAUUGAAGGGUCGACGACCAAAGUUGACUUGUACACAGCUACAGUUACCCCAUUAUGUGAUUUUCCUUUUUUCUCAUAAAAUGAAAUCUUAUGUAACAUUAGGUACAUGCAAUCACUGUCUAGAGUCCUAGCUAGGGGCCAAACACCACUUCAAUGUAGAAUUGAUGUGCUGAAAGUGAGUAAAACAAAUGAAGAAAGGUAAUAUUGCGGUGUAAUUGAGUUUGAAACAUGAUACCAAUGCUUGUAGGAAAUGAAAACAAAGAAGCUCGUUAGGGUAUAUUUAUUCCAAUGAGUAAUCCUAUUUUC